GCCGCUGGGGUGAAGAAGCAUAUGCGGCCAAGCGAGGCGCAGCCCCUCGUCGACAGCAUCGGCGGGCGCAUGGUGCACGCCUUCUCCAGGCGCUGGCCAGGUCCCCGCGUCUGGUAUGGCCCCUACCAGACCAUCAGCAGGGAGAUGUUCGCCCAUCUCCACAGGCUGCUGGCUGAGGAGCGGGGUGGCUUUGUCCUUGAGCGGCUCAGCAUCGAUGAGGCCUUCCUGGACGCUUCAGAGGCCGUGGCAGGUGAAGAUCGCUUUGCGCAGGCGAAAAGCCUUGCUCAGAAGCUCGUCGCAGAGCUUCAAGUGACCAUCGGAGUCCGGGUCAGUGUCGGCAUCGCUCCCAACCGCCUGCUUGCAAAGCUGGGUUCCAUCGCAGCAAAGCCGCCCCGGGGGGACGGCAUCUGCAUCGUCGAAGGUCCCGAUUCCUGUGCCUCUCCGGCAGCUGAGAGACUCGAGACGUGA